UUUAAUAUGCUCAUAUUUUUUACCUGCACUUGAUUGCUUUUGCGUUCAACCGUAUCAAAUUAAUAUGCACUUGUGACUACAUGCGACUACUGAGGCUGAAUCGUUACUCCUGCAGUACAUCUCUAGAAAUGAAGUCGGUGGCAGCCAGGGCAUAAUUAGAAAAAUGUCGAUGUAUUAAGUGGUCAAGCCAUUGAUAAUAUACUUGGUCGUGACACUUAAGUGUUAUGGCAUGGUUAUGGUAGACUAAUGUAAUGUGUUCAGAGACAUUUUAAGAUAAUUUAGUGGUACGCUUCUGCAGCUCACAAGAAUGGCGACCCGGAUAGAGCAACUUGCACUGCCCAAACCCGACCUGCUCAGAUUCCCUGACCGGUAUUGUAAGCCCACACGUAGUUUAUUUUACAUAGACAUUUUAGCAAUUUAUUACGCGCAAACUUUCAUCCCUACUAACAGUAAUGAUAGCAUACAUUUUUCAACUUUUUUGCAUGACAAAAACACUAACUGAUCAUUGUCUUUCCAGUCGUUCAGUCUACUGGCUCGAUGAACUUUCACCUGAAAGAAAUGUCUCAACCACCACAACUGUAAAGUUGAUGCCCCGCUGGUCCAAUCUGUGUGUCAGGAAGCAGAUGAAUGCUGGGUUUGAACAGAACAGACCAUCUUCCCAAUGGAAGGUCAGUGUUGGAGCUCUGAGGGCACAUCCGUCCGACAGAGUGUGUUCUCUGGCUUUGCCUCGACUCCCCACCGUAGGCUGGGAACCAGAACGCCUCCUUCUGGCCUCCUCGAGCAGAGCAGUACAGACUGCAGUAGCCAGUCCUAGGAUCUGCCAGUUGGCCUGCCCCAAGCGGAGACCAAGUCUCCAUUCUCCCCAUCCGUCCAAAACAUCACUGGGGCCCCACUGCCCCAAAACGGCCUCCUCCCGACUACAGCUCCUCGCCAUCCCUAAGUCUGACCAUCCCCAGUAUCACCGGGACCGUCCAGUAAGUUGGCCAGUGCCGAAGUCGGUGAAGGAGGCCGUUGCCAGUGAGAGGAUCCAGGUCCUUUCCGAGCCCAAGCAGAGGAAGGCGAUGUACCAAGGCUAUGAUCCCUACGUGGUUACCCUAGCUGCACGCUCUGCUAGUGCCACGCCGCGGGCUACUGGAGCUUUGUCUGCCAUUGCCUCGGAAAUGUGAAGCCAAGUAGAAAAUGCAUCUACUCUUAUACAUCUACCUCUGGCUGCCUGUUUUUCAGAUACUAUUUCUCCUCUGUCUACAGCAUGCCAAUGUCCUUGAUCCUCCCUACUCCUUAAUAAAUAAAGACCAUCCAUAGUAUCAUUCA